ACGCGUCCUUCAUGGACCCAAGAAUCUCCUUUCUCCAAUGAUUUUGCCGACAGUAGUCUACAAUCUGCUACUGCCAAGUUUGAUGAAAUCAGCAAGUACAAGGAGGCUCCAGUGUCGUCUGAUUUCGAGUUCUCGGUGAAGAACUAUGCCAUGAUUCCGGCUGAUGAGAUUUUCUGUGAUGGCAUGUUGUUGCCUUUGAAGAAUGAUAAUUGCAGCUGCAGCAACCGGGUGAGGAAGAUGACUUUACAUGAAGAAUUACUCGUUGAUGAUGAUGGUGAUGGUGAUGAGUUUGAUGGCCGAUCAACAAGGAUGCCAAAGAGUUCCGGGUGGUGGAGGAAGAGGUUCGGGAUGAAGAAGAAUCAGAACUUGUCUAGAAAAGUUGAUGGAAAUGGAAUUUUGGAGAAGGUGAAGGGAGAGAAGAUUCAUGUUUUUGUUCACGAGCAAGACCUUCUCAGCCAGAAAACACAGAACUGUCUGUCACAGAUACUGGAGUGUGAUGACUAAAGACCAAAAGCAGAAGAGGGUUUUUAGAAGCAGCAAUUGAUUGAUCAUAGUUUUUGCUAGGGAAGCGAAUUUAUUUUCUGAAGCUUCUUUGGGCUGCAAAAAUUUCCUUCACUUCACCAAUUAACAUUCUCCACCGGAGUAGAAUUAGAUUUGACUGUUUCCUCGUGUACAAAUGUUUUCACUUCAAAGAAUUUGCAGCUCAUGAGUCUCUGUAAUGUAAUCUAGUUUCUUUCUACUAAUUUCUACUUUUCAUUGAAGAUUGAUUUUGUUAGGGCCA